ACUGACACAAAGUAGCGGGCCGAGCCCCGGGGGAGCGGGGCUGCAGCUGGGGGCGGGAGCCCGCGGGGAGCCGAGCCGAGCGCCCCCCGCCGCAGCCCCCGGCAUGGGCAGCACGGGGCGGCCGGGGCGGGCGCCGGGCGCGGCGCGCUGAGAGGGUCUCCCAUGGGAUUGCUGGGACCUUGCUGGGUGAAAUGGCGCUGUGUGCAAAAAAGCGCCCCCCAGAAGAAGAGAGGAGGGCACGAGCCAACGACCGAGAGUACAAUGAGAAGUUCCAGUAUGCGAGUAACUGCAUCAAGACCUCCAAGUACAAUAUUCUCACCUUCCUGCCUGUCAACCUCUUCGAGCAGUUCCAGGAAGUGGCCAAUACCUACUUCCUGUUCCUUCUCAUUCUGCAGUUGAUCCCGCAGGUGUCUUCCCUGUCCUGGUUCACCACCAUUGUGCCUUUGGUCCUUGUCCUUGCCAUCACAGCUGUGAAAGAUGCCACCGACGAUUACUUCCGCCACAAGAGUGACAACCAGGUGAAUAACCGGCAGUCUCAAGUGCUGAUCGAUGGAAGCCUUCAGCAAGAGCAGUGGAUGAACGUCCGUGUUGGCGAUAUCAUCAAACUAGAAAAUAACCAGUUUGUGGCGGCGGAUCUCCUCCUCCUUUCCAGCAGUGAGCCCCACGGUCUGUGUUACAUCGAGACAGCAGAGCUUGAUGGAGAGACCAACAUGAAAGUGCGGCAGGCUAUUCCGGUCACCUCAGAGCUGGGGGACAUCAGCAGGCUCGCCAAGUUUGACGGUGAGGUGGUCUGCGAGCCUCCGAACAACAAGCUGGACAAGUUCAGUGGGGCCCUUUACUGGAAGGAGAGCAAGUUCCCGCUGAGCAACCAGAACAUGCUCCUGCGGGGCUGCGUGCUGCGUAACACCGAGUGGUGCUUCGGGCUGGUGGUCUUCGCAGGUCCUGACACUAAGCUGAUGCAGAACAGCGGCAGGACGAAGUUCAAGAGAACGAGUAUUGAUCGCCUGAUGAACACCCUGGUGCUCUGGAUUUUUGGAUUCCUGGUCUGCAUGGGGGUGAUCCUGGCCAUCGGCAAUGCCAUCUGGGAGCACGAGGUUGGGACGCGUUUCCAGGUCUACUUGCCCUGGGACGAGGCGGUGGACAGUGCCUUCUUCUCUGGCUUCCUCUCCUUCUGGUCCUACAUCAUCAUCCUCAACACCGUCGUGCCCAUAUCGCUCUAUGUCAGCGUGGAGGUCAUCCGCCUGGGCCACAGCUACUUCAUCAACUGGGACAGGAAGAUGUUCUGCGUGAAGAAGCAGACGCCCGCCGAGGCCCGCACCACCACCCUGAACGAGGAGCUGGGCCAGGUGGAGUACGUCUUCUCCGACAAGACGGGCACGCUCACCCAGAACGUCAUGGUCUUCCACAAGUGCUCCGUCCGCGGCCGCAGCUACGGGGACGUGUUUGAUGUCCUGGGACACAAAGCUGAAUUGGGAGAGAGACCACAGCCUGUCGACUUCUCCUUCAAUCCUCUGGCUGACAAGAAGUUCCUAUUUUGGGACCCCACCCUCUUGGAGGCCGUCAAGAUGGGGGACCCCCACACCCAUGAGUUCUUCCGGCUCCUCUCCCUGUGUCAUACCGUCAUGUCGGAAGAGAAGAACGAGGGAGAGCUGUACUACAAAGCCCAGUCCCCGGAUGAGGGGGCCCUGGUAACCGCGGCCAGGAACUUCGGUUUCGUGUUCCGCUCUCGCACCCCCAAAACCAUCACUGUCCACGAGAUGGGCACCGCCGUCACCUACCAGCUGCUGGCCAUCCUGGACUUCAAUAAUAUCCGCAAGCGGAUGUCGGUCAUAGUGCGGAACCCAGAGGGGAGGAUCCGACUCUACUGCAAAGGGGCUGACACCAUCCUGCUGGACAGGCUCCACCCUUCUACCCAGGAGCUGCUCAACACCACCACUGACCACCUGAACGAGUACGCAGGGGAAGGGCUGAGGACCCUGGUUCUGGCCUACAAGGACCUAGAUGAAGAGUACUAUGAGGAGUGGGCCCAGCGACGGCUCCAAGCCAGCCUGGCCCAGGACAGCCGGGAGGACAGGCUGGCCAGCGUGUACGAGGAGGUUGAGAGCGACAUGAUGCUGCUGGGUGCGACGGCCAUCGAGGACAGGCUGCAGCAAGGGGUUCCGGAGACCAUUGCUCUCCUGACGCUGGCCAACAUCAAGAUCUGGGUGCUGACCGGGGACAAGCAAGAGACGGCUGUGAACAUCGGCUAUUCCUGCAAGAUGCUGACGGACGAUGUGACGGAGGUGUUCGUCGUCACCGGCCACACUGUUCUGGAAGUGCGGGAGGAGCUCAGGAAAGCCCGGGAGAAGAUGAUGGACUCACCCCACACCGUGGGGAACGGCUUCACCUGCCAGGAGAAACGUCCUUCCUCCAAGCUCACGUCUGUCCUGGAAGCUGUCGCUGGGGAGUACGCCCUGGUCAUCAACGGGCACAGCCUGGCGCACGCGUUGGAGGCGGACAUGGAGCUGGAGUUCCUGGAGACGGCCUGUGCCUGCAAGGCUGUCAUCUGCUGCCGCGUGACCCCUUUGCAGAAGGCACAGGUGGUGGAGCUGGUUAAGAAGCACAAGAAGGCCGUGACCCUCGCCAUUGGGGACGGAGCCAACGACGUCAGCAUGAUCAAAACGGCCCACAUUGGCGUGGGCAUCAGCGGACAGGAGGGCAUCCAGGCGGUGCUGGCCUCCGACUACUCCUUCUCCCAGUUCAAGUUCCUGCAGCGCCUCCUGCUGGUGCACGGGCGCUGGUCCUACCUGCGCAUGUGCAAGUUCCUCUGCUACUUCUUCUACAAGAACUUCGCCUUCACCAUGGUCCACUUCUGGUUUGGCUUCUUCUGUGGUUUCUCAGCCCAGACCGUCUACGACCAAUAUUUCAUCACGCUCUACAACAUCGUGUAUACCUCCCUUCCGGUCCUGGCUAUGGGGGUCUUCGACCAGGACGUCCCCGAGCAGCGGAGCAUGGAGUACCCUAAGCUAUACGAGCCGGGCCAGCUCAACCUCCUCUUCAACAAGCGGGAGUUCUUUAUCUGCAUCGCGCAGGGCAUCUACGCAUCCGUGCUCGUGUUCUUCCUCCCCUACGGGGUGUUUGCCGAGGCCGCGCGGGAUGACGGCGCCCAACUGGCCGACUAUCAGUCUUUUGCAGUCACCGUGGCCACCUCGCUGGUCAUCGUCGUGAGCGUGCAGAUCGGGCUGGACACGGGCUACUGGACGGCCAUCAACCACUUCUUCAUCUGGGGCAGCCUGGCGGUCUACUUCGCCAUUCUCUUCGCCAUGCACAGCGAUGGGCUCUUCCGCAUGUUCCCGAACCAGUUCCGGUUCGUGGGCAAUGCCCAGAGCAGCCUGGCCCAGCCCACCGUGUGGCUGACCAUCGCGCUCACCACGGUCGUCUGCAUCCUGCCUGUGGUCGCCUUUCGCUUCCUCAAGCUGAGCCUGAAGCCCGAUCUCUCUGACACGGUGCGCUACAGCCAGCUGGUGAGGAAGAAGAGGGCCCAGCACCGCUGCACGCGGAGGCCCGGCCGCACCAGCUCCCGCCGCUCGGGCUACGCCUUCGCCCACCAGGAGGGCUUCGGGGAGCUCAUCAUGUCCGGCAAGAACAUGCGGCUCAGCUCCCUGGGGCUGGCCGGCUUCGCCACGCGCUCCGGCUCCGGCUGGAUCGAGAGCCUGCGCAGGAAGAGGAGCGACAGCCCGGGCAGCCCCCCCGACAAGCCCCUGAAGGGGUGAUGCCCCCCCACACACACACCCCUCCCUGCGGAUUCCGGCCCAGACAGGGCUCAGACGCGGAACCAAAAACAGAAGGGCCCGAGGUUGGGUCCGCCCCUGCCCUGCCCGGGCCAGUGGGGAGGCUCAAAUCUCUGUAUUUUUUUACUCCCUCCGACCCCCACCCCAGGGGCCGAGAGCCCCUGUUCCUGAAUUACACGAGAAUGUAUCGCCGGGAAGCCAGGGACCUGCUGGGGCCCGCGUGCCCCUCACGUCGUGUGCGUCUCUCCUUGAUUUGUGUUUGUGUCUGGUUCCAUUUUGUCUUUUUUAUUUGGCAAGUGGAGGGGGCCUCUGAACGACUUUUAUGUUGUAGGAGAGGGGGCUGGUCCACAGGAGGGUCCCUCUCCUCCCCCCCCCCCCCCCCCAGCCACCGGGCUGCACGGGGUGGCUGGGGUGGGAUCCCUGCCUGGGCCUCCGGCUGCUGGUGGGCCCUUGGGGCUGGUGGAGCACAGAGGAGGAUCUGGUCCCAUCAGAGUCUCCUUCCUCACCUUGAGAGUGAAGUGCUACCCCUCCCCGAACACACGUCCCUUCCUGGGUCCUGAGUCCUGCUGGUCUUGGGCUGGGGCCUUGGGAGGGUGGCCUGUCCUUCUCAGUGACGUCAAGCUGGGUGUAAGAUGUUGUCCUAAAAGCAAAGAUUUCUUUAAAUGUGGGUUUGGGUUCCCUGCAGAGUCCUGUCUUCCCUUCCUCCUCCUCCGGCAUUUUCCUGCACCCGCACCCAGCCGUGCAGCGGGGUCCAUGCUCCUCCCUCUGGUAAACAAGGGGUCCCACCCCUCCCGCCAGCAGCCCGCAGGAGGGGGGCCCAGGCGCCUGUCCUUCCUCCCCACCGUCCACACCGCCCAUCAGGCUUCUCCUGGGCUGCUUGGUACCAGUUCAGUCUUGGCAGUGGGGGGGGUGCCGAGGGAUGGCGUGUGGCUGGAAGGGGUGUGCAACUCUCACACUCGAUGUGGGCGCCUCCUGGGAGGUGCACUGGGCAGGGGGGAAAGGGCAGGGGUCCCUUCUGGCCGCACAGUUUACAAACCCAACAUCAUGUCUGUCUGUGUGUCUCUCAAGGUGAGAGUCUGAUUUUUAUACCAAAGAGGAAAUGAUUUUUUUUCAUAUUUGGUUUGUCUAUAUUAUAUAAAUAUAUAUAUAAAUAUAUAUAUAUAUAUAUAUACAGUUAUAUAUAUAUUAUUUUUUUGGUUCUCUCUCGUUUUUCAGGGAGGGAGGAAAGUACCAAGUUGCAUUGAGCUGUAAUUAAGGAACAUUCUGUAUAAUUUAUGACACAUUUCUAUACUUGCAAGAAUUCUAUCAUUUUAUGGACAUAAGAGAAAAAAUGCCUUUUUAUAAAAUUCCAAUUUCUGA